UCUCCGCGCUGACCCUUCCGAUCGCGACGCAAUCCUCCGGCUUGGACGUCUACACCGUUGAAUCGCAGAUCGCGACAUUACCCCGAGCUCCUAGAGUCCCCGGUGAUUCUGUGCGGCCCCGUUAGCCUGGUGGUGGGUAUCUGUUGAUCCCAUCAAUCCUUGUCCGCCGACUCCAACUCCAGCGCUCGCGAUCCCGACGAUAACCACGCCUCGGAGAACACCCUCCUCUUUCCAUUCAAGGACCAGACACAUCCUCGAACAGAAUGGCCUCCAGCUUCUCUGUGUGCCGGCUUCCGGCCGCGCUUGCCCGUCGCCAAUCCCGGGUUCUCAGCACUUCCAAGCGUCUGGCCUCCACCUCAGCCCCCCAGUUCCAAAACCCCGCCUACCCACUGUAUCCGUCUGUCAUCCAACUCCUCCACGAAAAGGGCAUUCCGGAAUCCGAAGUGUCGAAGAUCCCGGCGUCCGGCCCCAAAGGCCGUCUCCUGAAGGGCGACGUCCUCGCCUACCUGGGCGUCAUUCCCGCCGACUACCCCUCCGCGCAAGCGGCGCGCCUCUCCAAGCUCGCCCACCUCGACCUGAGCAACAUCAAGAUCGCCGCGCCCGUCAAGCCCGCGGAGCCCGCCCCCGCCGUUGAGAAGCCCGUUGCGCGUCCCCCGCCGACCACGUCGGUCGCCAUCUCCGUCUCCCUGGCUGCCGUACUGUCCGUCCAGAAGAAGAUCCAAGAAACGCUCGGCGUAACGGUGCCGCUGUCGACGUUCCUGACCCGUGCCACGGACCUGGCCAACGAUGAUCUGCCUCGGUCAUCGCGCGAGACCCCGUCCGCCGACGAGCUGUUUGAGGAGAUUCUGGGCGCCGAGCCAGUCAAGACUUCUCGGGGCGAGUACAUCCCUGAGCUGAAUGCUGAGACGGCUCAGCCGGUUAAGCGCGUGCAGAAGAAGGAGGCGGAUCUGAUUGACUUUUUGUCCGGAAAGGUGGCCAAGAAGGUUGCUGCCAGAGUUGCGGAACCUUCGGUUGAGCCGGCGACGAACGUGUUCAGCUUGACGGUUCCCGUUGCCGAGGAGAAGAGGGCGAAGGUUUUCUUGGACCGCGUGAAGGAGUUGUUGACCGUUGAGCCUGGCAGGCUGGUUCUAUAGAUAUUAUCCAACAUUUCUUUUCCUUUCUCUUUCCAUUUCGUGCUUAUAAACAUCAAGAAGGUAAUGAAAUAAACUACCUCCCCCGCUUUCCAGGGGAACUGGUCCUGGGUGGUGAAACCCCAACUUGAAAUACUACUAUAGAAUAGUGGGUCAAUGCGACUCUUUACUCUUGCCCAUCUCAUUUGUCUCAAUAUAUAGAAGGAAUAUGUACUCGAGCGCUGUGUUGUGUCAAAUUACAUCUAC